GUGUCUACGUGCGAUAAAGAACGUCAUCGGCGCGGCUAUACGACUCAGAAGGUGGGAACAUCGGUUGGCACUCACGGAGCAGUCGCACUAACUGUUGCCUUCUCCGACUGGCAGCGAACGCACUGACCGCAGCCAGAGCAGAAAACGGCGCGCGGGAGCAGAAGAGUCUAGUAACAUACGGUGGAGGGCUUAUAUAGUGUGCAUACUCUCUCGCUAUCGGAACGAAUAGCUUCCCAGUCGACGGUCUCUGUUAGAAGACAAGUCCUCCUCGUCGACGGCUCACCCAUUUGACAUUACGCUGACGGUUACAGUUGCUACAACAGUCGUUUCUCUUUCACUUACAUUCAAAAGAAGGGCAGAAAAGUAGGAAGUAACAAGUGUUUUCUUGAUUGUCAGUCCUCAACGUUUUUUUUUUUCGCACUCCAUCCAAAGCCGUGACAGGGAGGGAAGCGCUUUGACAAACAAAAGGGCCAAUUACAUACAAGCUCAGGGGGAAAAAAAGAAGUUUCCCUAUCUCUAGUAAUCUUGGCACAUCAAACAGCAAUCGACACACACGUCUCGCGUAUAAUGCAGUUGUUCGGUUGGACCCUUCACUCCUGCUGGAUGCUGCUGACAGUCAUCUCUGUCUGCUGUUGCGUCGACAUCGGCUCCUCCACAGACAUCAAUGAGGAAGUAAUGGAAGAGCAGCCAUGGAUCUGGAACGACUUCAAGCUGGCGGGAGUGGCUCGCAAGUUGCAUUCGAUCCUGGACAAUGGCGUCUCCGAAGAGGACAACGAUAACAUGGCGGCUGUAAAUGAUGACAGGGUGGCAUCCAGGGUAGCGCUACAACAGCCAGCGACGCCAAUCUUUGCAACAGUGUCCAAUUUCAGGGAAAAACAGCAACAGGAGCCACACCAGCCGAAGCAGCACAGGACUGAACUGAUGGCUGCUGAUAGUCCUUACGAGGAUGACGUCUACGACGUCGAAUCGGAUCAACUAGUGGACGAUGAAUCCGGACAGUACUACGGCAAACCAACUAGCGAGAUGAAAAGAUCUAAGUCGUCAUACAAUCCGUCAUCUGAAAAACAUCGUCCAAAACAGCAACGUAAUUCGAAAGCUCCUCUUUCUUCGCCAUUAUCUUCGACAGAGAGCGACGAGGUACUUGCGUCACCUUCGUCGGCCAUCAGCAGAGACUCAGCUGAGCCGAGAGUUCUGCCCCUCUUGGGUUUCCACACAGCCAUCAACAAAAUCAACAGGCAAAAGGAAGCCCUAUUGAAGAAAAUACUGCGGCAAGCCGCUCGCCGUCAGUCAAUGAAAAGGAGCCCAAAUUGCAUGAGGAAAUGCAUCGCACAGGGCUUACUACAUCCAGCCCAGUGUCAUUCGCUGUGCUAGCUGCUUACCUACCCGCCUGCAAAACCGAGAUGGAACAAAAUACAACAACAAAACGACUUUGAAAAAAAAAUAAAAAUAUACAGACGACUGCGGAAUGAAUACCACGGAAUGACGACACCGGAUAAUGCGGCUGCUGAAAAAUAAUUUAAAAAAAUAAAAAAUAAAAAAAAAAAAAAAAAAAAAAAAAAAAAAAAAAAAAAAAAAAAAAAAAAAAAAAAAAGAAGACGAGACUUGGGUGCGUCAUGACGCACAUUCUCAACUCCUCCUUCCUCCCCUUUUACCACAUCAUUUUCUUUCUUCAUAUUUUCCCCGUUCCCGUUUAUUGACCCGUUUUACUUGUCUCUCGUUUCAACAUUGGGAUUACGUAAACUUGAUCAAAAAGAGUUAAUUGCCAUAUCUGUGUCGAUAUACAACAUCCUAUAGCUCUUGUUUCAAAACAUUCAAACCUUACCUUGAGUAAACAAUAACCUCGACCGCCCGCCCUCCCGUUUACCCUCUCCUCACCUGUGUAUCGAUGUUUACUACACGCAUUAUAGAAUUUCAAGCAUAUAUAUAUUAUAACGUGCCCCAAUUUCACUCGAUAUUUACAUUACCUGUCAUUUGUAAUGAGAAGAAGACAAAGAAAAGAAAUGAUCUCUCUUCGGCUUACCUUUAUUUGUUCUCUUACCCUGCCCUUAACCCUAUUCUUACCCCUUCCUAAACUUUCAAACUGUUUCAUGGAUAUAAAUCUCUAAACUAUUAUAAUCCUAUAUAAUUCGAUCAAAAAAUACAUUAAAUAACGAGAGCAACAGCA